AUGGCCACGUCUCGCGGCGGCAAACAGCGGCAGCCGCUCCUCCACUCUCCCACGCCUACAGCCGCCAACGGUGGCGGCGCAGCCGGGAGGCGCAGGCCGUUCUCCUUGGUGCAAGAGACCUACGAAGGCGACCCGUACGCCGAGGCCGCGGCGGAGGUCCUCCCGACGUACUUCGCCUACUCGGGAUCCGGCUCCGUCACCGCCGAGGUCGUCUACGCCAACUACGGCCACAACGAGGAUUAUGCCUACCUCGCCUCCCGCGGGGUCGACGUCGCGGGCAAGGUCGCGCUCGUGCGGUACGGUGACAUCCACUGCGAGGACAUGGUGCGGAACGCGCGCGCCGCGGGCGCCGCCGCCGCUAUCGUGUACACCGAUGCCAAGGACUUCGGCGGGAGCGCGGCGAAGGGGGAGAAGCGCAAGUGGUUCCCCGACGCGCGGUGGCUGCCGCCGACAGGCGUGCAGGUCGGGACCCUGUACUACGGGAACGGCGACCCGACCACGCCGCUGUGGCCGUCGUGCGCGGCUGGGGACGACUGCGAGCGGCUGAGCAUGGAGGAGCUGGACGGAAGCGAGGCGAUGCCGGGCAUCCCGGCGCUGCCGGUGUCGGCCAGGGACGGGGAGACGAUCCUCAAGGCGAUGGGCGGCGACGUGGCUCCGCCGAAGUGGCAGGGCGGCGAGGGUGUUGAAUCUCACCUACAUUGGAAACGAGACUUUAGCAACCAUCGAAAAUCGCCUGGCUGAUUUAAUGUGAGAGAAAAAUAUCGUUCAUUUGCUGAAAAUGUACGGCUUAUAAGGCAAACAAGCCCAAGGGCGAAUGUGUUUGCGGUGAUAGAAGGAAAAGAGGAGCCUGACAGAUAUGUGAUCAUAGGCAACCAUCGUGAUGCUUGGACGUUUGGAGCAAUUGAUCCUAACAGUGGAACGGCAGCCAUGCUUGAGAUCGCGGAGAGGCUGUCCAAGCUACAAGCGAAAGGGUGGAGGCCUAGAAGAACAAUAAUCCUGUGUAGUUGGGACGCAGAAGAGUUUGCCCUGAUAGGAUCUACUGAAUGGGCCGAGGAGAACAUGGACACUCUAGCUUCGAGAGCUAUAGCUUACCUGAACGUGGACAUAUCAGUGUUUGGUCCUGGGGGUCUUAGACCCCGUGCAACCCCACAACUUGAUGAAUUGAUCAGGGAAGCAAGUAAAAUGGUACCAGAUCCCGAUGAACCAUCUCAAACCUUGUAUGACACCAUGAUGCGAUAUCAUCCACCGAUCACUAGAGUGGCUGGUGCUGGAACAGAUUUUGCAGCAUUUGUCCAGCAUAUAGGGGUCCCGUCACUCGACAUGUCUUAUGGACUGUUUGAAGAAUACCCUGUUUACCACUCGCUGUAUGAUAAUUAUGUUUGGGUGGAGAGGUUUGGAGACCCCUUGUUCCACAGGCAUGUUGCAGUGGCCAGCGUUUGGGGUUUGAUUGCACUGAAACUUGCUGGCGACGAGAUCAUACCCUUCAAUUACGUCUCUUAUGCGUCCGAGCUGGAGGAGUGCACAAAAGAUAUCGUAGAUAAAUAUAAAGGAUUUCCUGUCAGUUUCUCUCCUUUGCAGAAGUCCAUCAAGCAGCUCGAGAGUGCUGCCACCAAAAUUUACAAAGAGAAGAAAUUGCUGCAAGCAGAAAACUGGAGCCUAAAGACAAGGCAGUACACACUGAAAGUCAGGGAGAUGAACGACCGGUUGAUGAUGGCCGAACGAGCGUUCACCAACCGAGAAGGACUCACCGGGAGGCCAUGGUACAAGCAUAUGUUAUAUGCAUCAUCGGAUCAAGACGACUGGGGGACCAAAGCCUUCCCUGGUAUCGUCUCGGCCAUGGACAAGGCUAAGAAGUCCAACACAACUGAGACAUGGCGAUCACUGCAGCAUGAGAUUUACAGGGUUGCAAGGGCUGUCCAAGGCUUCUGCAGUCCUGGAUGGUAA